UGGAGUCCUCAAGGUGUAGGCCAGCUACCCAGAGGCAGAGUGUAUUUCCAUCAUGGGUCAGUGUUUUGUUCUUACUGAGAGAGAAGAUUUGGAUUUGCCUUCCCUGCAUGUAGUGCUUUUACCAAAACUACCAUGAGUAGACUUACAGAAAGCCUAUUCACCAUCAUGGUAUUCUGCACAGCAUUGCUUCUGAUCAAGGAAAUCACUUCAGAGCAAAUGAAAUGUGGCAAUGGGCUCAUGCUCAUAGAAUUCACUGGUCUGACCAUGUUCUCCAUCUUCCCAAAGCAGCUGGUUUGAUAGAAUGGUGGAAUGGCCUGGAGAAGACUGGUUUAGAUUGCCAGCCGGCUGGCACUACCUUGAAGGACUGAGGUAAGGUUCUCCAGAAGGCUGUAGACGCUCUGAAUCAGCAUCCAGUAGAUGAUGCUGUUUUCUCCCAUACCGAAGAUUCACAGGUCCAGGAGUUCAGGGGUGGAAAUGAGAGUGUCACCACUCACUGUUACCCCAGUGGCCCUCUAGCAAAAAAGUUCUCCCUCUCCCCAUGACCCUAUGUUCUGCUGGCCUAGAGAUCUUAGUUCCAAAGGAAAGAAUGGUUCCACCAGGAACCACAACAAUGAUUCCAUCGAACUGGAAGUUAAGAUGGCUGCCUGGCCACUUCGGACUCCUCAUGCCACUGAAUCAACAGGCAAAGCCACCACUGGCCGAAAUGACUGAUCCUGACUACCAAGGGAGAAAUUGGACUCCUACUUCACAAUGGAGGAACCUCUUUCCGGAGUUUUAAAAGACAAAGAGAAGAAUCAUGUCCAUGAUUGCAGCUUUCUAUAGUGGCAAGUCCAUCCUCAUUACUGGGGCCACAGGCUUCAUGGGCAAAGUGUUGAUGGAGAAGCUGUUUCGCACCAGCCCUGACCUGAAAGUCAUUUACAUCCUUGUGAGGCCCAAGGCAGGCCAGACAACGCAGCAGAGGGUUUUCCAGAUCCUAAAUAGUAAGCUGUUUGAAAAAGUCAAAGAAAUUUGUCCAAACGUGCAUGAGAAGAUCAGAGCUAUCUAUGCAGAUCUCAAUCAGAAUGACUUUGCCAUCAGCAAGGAGGACAUGCAAGAGCUUCUCUCCUGUACAAACAUUGUCUUCCACUGUGCAGCUACUGUGCGCUUUGAUGAUCAUCUGAGACAUGCCGUGCAACUUAACGUCACUGCCACCCAGCAGCUCUUGCUUAUGGCCAGUCAGAUGCCCAAGCUUGAAGCCUUCAUACAUAUCUCCACCGCCUUUUCAAAUUGUAACCUGACGCACAUCGAUGAGGUCAUCUACCCGUGCCCUGUGGAGCCAAAAAAAAUUAUCGACUCCUUGGAGUGGUUAGAUGAUGCUAUUAUUGAUGAGAUCACACCCAAGCUGAUCGGGGAUCGGCCCAAUAUUUACACGUACACCAAGGCCUUGGGAGAGAUGGUGGUGCAGCAGGAGAGCGAGAACCUAAACAUUGCCAUCAUAAGGCCCUCCAUUGUGGGAGCAACCUGGCAGGAGCCUUUCCCGGGUUGGGUUGAUAACUUACAUGGACCUAGUGGCCUCAUUAUUGCGGCUGGCAAAGGGUUUCUUCGGUCCAUAAGAGCUACUCCGAUGGCUGUGGCAGAUUUAAUUCCCGUUGAUACAGUCGUCAAUCUCACCUUGGCUGUGGGAUGGUACACAGCUGUUCACAGACCUAAGUCAACAUUAAUCUACCACUGUACAUCUGGUAACCUCAAUCCUUGUAAUUGGAGAAAAAUGGGAUUCCAAGUCUUGGCAACCUUUGAAAAAGUCCCAUUUGAGAGAGCUUUUAGGAGGCCAAAUGCAGACUUCACAACCAACACCAUCACAAGCCAGUACUGGAAUGCAGUCAGCCACCGGGCCCCUGCCAUCAUCUACGACUUCUAUCUGCGGCUCACAGGAAGGAAGCCCAGGAUGACAAAGGUCAUGAAUCGGCUUUUAAAAACCGUUUCCAUGCUGGAGUAUUUUGUCAACCGGAGUUGGGAAUGGAGCACGUACAAUACGGAAAUGCUGAUGUCUGAGCUGAGUCCUGAAGAUCAGAGAGUAUUCAACUUUGAUGUGCGCCAGUUGAACUGGUUGGAAUACAUUGAAAAUUAUGUUUUAGGAGUUAAGAAGUACUUAUUGAAAGAGGAUAUGGCUGGGAUCCCAGAAGCAAAACAACAUUUGAAAAGGCUCCGAAAUAUUCACUACCUCUUUAAUACUGCCCUCCUCCUCAUCGCCUGGCGCCUUCUCAUUGCAAGAUCUCAGAUGGCUCGGAAUGUCUGGUUCUUCAUUGUGAGCUUCUGUUAUAAAUUCCUCUCCUACUUUAGGGCAUCCAGCACGCUUAAGGUCUAA